CGCGGGAGGGACCGAGUGCGCAGACGCAGAGGAGGAGGAGGAGGAGGGAGAGUAAAGAUGGCGCGGCUUUGCGAGGACUUCAUGCUUUGCGGCCUCCCCAGCGGCGGCUCGGUGCGGGGCCUGGAGCCCGCGGGACCCGACCACGUCAUAGUCACUCACACGGACAGGACGGUGACGGUGUAUAAGGUGUCAGACCAGAAGCCUCUGGGAAGUUGGAGCGUCAAACAAACUCAGGCAAUCUCGUGCCCAGCAAUCUACAACAGCCAGACUAAAGAGUAUGUGGUUGUUCAUGACAAGAAGGUGUUAAGAAUAUGGAAGGAUGAAGAUGUUAAUCUGGAAAAAGUGUUCAAAGCACGGUACUUAUUGGCAGACGUCUGCCGGAUACACAUGCUGCCCGAUACAGAACCUCUCGUGCUCUUUGAGGGAGGAGCCGUCCGUCGCCUUGAUGUUCUCCUGACAGAUCCACAGCAGGAAAUCGAAGAUAUCGUCUCAGAAGGUGAAGUCAUCAGGUGGAGUGACUCUGUACUGGAAGCUGGAAGCCCCAUUGUCGUGUUCAUCACAGAAAAAAAUGGAGCGUUCCACCUGUAUACCCAAAAGCUAAACCCUGAUAUGCAGCAGAAGUUUAAAUUGGAUUCAGGAGAAGAGAUUGGCUGUCCUGUGAGCUUCGCUCUUUCCCUCAACCAAGAGGACAUUAUCCUAACCUGUUUAUAUUCAGAUGGAUCGAUCUACAAGACGGAGUUGCCGCCUCGGCGCAGGAGUUGUGUGGAGAACGAGCAGGCACUGCCUCGGUCCUCGCUGCUAAAGCUGCCGGGUUGCAAGGCCCGGAGUCUGCAGCGAGCUGCUAUCCGGCUGCUGGAUGAGGCUCAUAUAGCUGUGUUGGGAGCUCCUCAUUCUCUGCAACCUACUGUCAAAGAAUCUUUGAGCAUUUGGAAUACAACAUUCCAAACGCUGCUGACAUGGAAAGAGCUGCCAGAGGGAAGCUGUGGGCAGUUGUGGUGUUACAGUGGCAAACUCUAUGUGCCCCAUGGAAAGGUGCUGACUGUGGUUCCAUUUACAUGUGAAACCUCCUCUUUGGCAGCUGUACUCGGGAAACUCCAGCAGCCAAACACUGCAGAAAUGAAAACGGCUUUCACUGUUGUGAACUGGAAUGCCUUGCUUUACGAUGAGGAGGCAGAAGGACUCCAGCAAGCUGCAGCAAGGAGCGGUGCUAAAUUGGAGCCCAAGAGAAUUCUGAGGAGCAGAAAGAGUCAGGGAGCCUCCACUCAGCAACAGUCCAUCUCUCAGGAUCAGCUUCUAAACCAGAUUCAGACAGGCACACUGGAGAAAGUAGAGGAAGAUUUGCAUAUAUUCUUCAAUAACCUGCAGUCGCCCAAUACACAGCUGAUUACUGCACAGAUUACUACAAAACUGGUGCAUAGAUGCUUGGAAGAGGUGAAAUUCUACCCACAAAAAGCACUGGUGCAGCUGCUACAGACCCAGGUGCUUUCUUACAGCUUGUGCCCUGAUUUGGUGGCUGUGGCUUUGAGUAAAGCAGACUAUUUCCUGUUGCAGCUUUGCCUGCAGCAGUUUCCUGAUAUCCCAGAGGCCGUCACCUGUGCCUGCUUAAAGCUCUUCCUCAGUGUCAGUGAUUCAGAUCUGCAGGAUGUCACUUUGGAUUUCGGAGAUGUGGCUUGCUAUAUUGACAUUGAAAACCAGAGCCCACAGCACACUGAAACACCAGAGGUUGUACAGAACGGCUUCAGUCCGGGGUUGCUGGAGAACAGUUCUGACCUUCCGCUGCCACCUGUAAAGUCCCAUCAACCACCCGCGUUUGAUGUGAAUUCCAAAUGCCCGGUUAGCCUUCAAAAAGCGGCUUUACUAAAUGAAAUUCUGCUAUCGUCAUACAGUGAGACUUUUCUUUUGCCACAUCUCAAAGAUCUUUCUGCUCCUCAAGUGAUGCUGUUUCUCCAGUAUAUGAAGUACCUGUACGUGAAGUACUCUGAAACUGUCAACACUGAGCUUCCAGGGGAAAGAGUUCCCACAGUCAAUCAGGUCCUGGACUGGAUAUCUCUGCUGCUGGAUGCUCACUUCACGUUGCUGGUGAUGACGCCAGAGGCACGGGGCUUGCUCACUCACCUCCACAAGUUUGUCAGGUCCCAGGUUAAAUUCUACUCUGAGCUCAGCAAGAUUGAGGGAAGCAUACAGGGUCUGCACCAAGUGAAGCCACUCAGCUAUGACAGCCGUUAUUCAAUUGAAGUGAUAAAACUUUUCUAACAUUGUCCACAUUUAUCAAUAAAAAAGAUUUUGUUUCUAA